AUCAUUCAUUAUUUCGUUUAUUGGAAUUUUUAUCGUUCUCAACAAUGAUUAUCAACCCAGUUGAGUCUGAAGCUGUUAAAGAAAAAAUUGAAGAAGCAAACCAGGAACAGUUUGAGAAUAUUUCUUCUUUGAAGGAUGACUUGGAAACUGCAGAUGCAAAGAACCAAACAGAACAAGUGACUGACCAAGAUGAAGGAGUCACAAGGACUUUACAGUUUUUCCUAUUUAUAGCAUGUUGGGGUUCUACUAUGAUGGGAAUGGAUUUGGGACUUACAGGAGGUGCAUCUCUUUACGUUAUUCCCGACCUCCAUAUUUCGAGUGAUCAUUGGUCAUGGAUAUCUUCAGGAGCUACAUGGGGUUCGGUUUUAGGAAGUGCUCUGGCAACUCCAAUUAGCUUUGUGGUAGGAAGGAGGACUGUUCUUUUGAUUUCAUCCGUUACAUAUAUUAUCGGAGUUGUUAUUGCCACAUCGACAAAGACAUGGGGACAGUUGUUGGCGGGAAGGCUUAUUAUGGGAGUUGGAAUUGGAACAGAAGCCAUGACCAUUCCUAUCUACAUCUCCGAAGUUGUUCCUCGUUCACAUCGAGGAGGUCAUCUGAAUAUUUUCAACUCUCUUCAAGCUCUUGGAACUUUCUUAGCUUGGGUAGUGACUGCCAUAUUUAUUAAUGUUCAUCCUGGUUCUUGGAGAUAUAUACUGGGAUCUGGUUUUAUUGGCCCUGCAGUACAACUUGUCGGUCUAUUCUUCUUACCUGAAAGCCCAAGAUAUCUUAUGCUCAAAGGUAAGCCAGAAGAAGCAAGAAAAUGUUGGAGAAGAUUUAGAAGAGAAACGCUCGUUUCAGAACAAGAUUAUCGAGACAUGUGUCAAAGAUUGCAAGUGGAACUGGCCAAUCGAAUAAGUUUUACUCAAGCGAUGAAAGAAAUCACUACAAAUCCUAGAAUUAGAGCAACAUUUAUUGUUGGAGGAGUAUUGUCAUUGUCGCAACAAUGGAAUGGAGCCACCUCAGUUGGAUAUUACAUGGCCAUUCUUCUCAGUUCCUUGGGUCUAACAGACAAGACUUCUGAUUAUGUACAAAUGCCUAUUGGAUUUUGGAGUUUUUGUUGGACUUUACCUGCGUAUUAUUGGUUGGAUAAGUACGGUAGACGAAAAAUGUUGCUCAUUAGCUUUCCGAUAUUCAUGAUUGGAGAAUUGAUUGCAGGCUCUUGCAUUUAUGUAGACAAUGUGCAUCAUCGUGCUGCAGGAUUCCUCAUUGGUAUGCUCAUUUUCUAUUUUGGGUUCCAAAUGGGUAUAUCUCCAGUCGCGUGGGUCUUGAAUGGCGAGAUUUAUGAGCUCCACGUCCGCAAUUAUGGAAUGGCGUGGGGAGCUUUUCUUCUUUUGGGGUCUGCAGCAUCAUCGACCACUUCCUUUUCGAGACAAGUUUCAUCACUUACUUUACAAGGGACCUUUUAUUUCUAUGUAGGAGUAUCUCUUCUAUUUCUUAUCUUUCAUUUCAUUUUUUUGCCUGAAACCAAAGGAUUGUUAUUAGAAGAUGUGAGAGAACUGUUCAACGAUGGCAUGGUAGGAUUAGCAAGAAGAAACUUGAACAAUAUUCGAAAUUCCAUUUCUCUGAGAUUUUCGGCCUCGCCAAAGAGGAAAUGAACCUUGAGUUUGGUUACAAGUGAAUGCAUGGUUGUUUUUCUUUGUUUCUUUGAGUUUGCAUGAAAAUAAAUUUGAAAAGUUUUUG